AUGAUAAUCGGAGAGCGAGCGAGCGAGUGGGAGGGUGAAAAGACUGACCUGCGAGAGUUGAUGGACCUGGUAGAGUGGAUAAUGGAGGAAUGCCGGGAUUCAGACACGGGCGCUGUUGAGGGAAGAGUGGUGGAGCUCGAGGGCUUCUUUUGCUAUAAAUAG